AUGUUAAAUAAAACAGAUGACAAUGACAACAUGACUGUUGAUAUGUGUGUACAGCUGUGUAUGGGUAUGUUGAUAUGUGUGUACAGCUGUGUAUGGGUAAUAGAUACUGGGGGUUACAGGUAUGUUGAUAUGUGUGUACAGCUGUGUAUGGGUAAUAGAUACUGGGGGUUACAGUAUUCUUCCGAGUGUUAUUGUGGCAAUGUUUUGGAAAAUUCAGGUGUUUACAAUGAGACAGAUGAUAGUGAAUGUAAUAAAGAAUGUCUAGGGAAUUCGUCACAAAUAUGUGGUGGAAAAUGGCGUAAUUCUGUUUAUGAAUUAACCCAAACAACAAACACAGAAAUUAUUACUUCAGUGGUAACAUCUUCUACAGAAUUGACAACACCUGAGAAAUCUACAGUAACAACUGAACCAACAAUGCAAACUUCAGCGCUGUCCACCAAUUGGACAGUAACUACAUUAUUGAAAAAGCCAGAGGUCACUUCUGUUCAACUAAUCAGUCCACUUGAAUGCCACCUAUGUCCCUGCUCUAAGGUUGGAACAGGCAAAUGGGAUUUCGUACGUGGAAUGAAUCUUACUCUUGAUCAAUUAAGAGAAUUAUUGAAGCCAGAAUUAGACUUAAUGAAAAAAAUAAUGAGUGUAAACAAAUACAAUACAUCGCGGUUGCGUCGUUCCAAGACAUCAGCUCCAGAUGAUCGUGAUUCGGCAACAGCCAUAGGAUAUGUUGGAGUCGUCGUCAUCUGUUUUAAAGCAGUUUUAAUUGUUUUCUUUGACAUACUAGGCUUUGUAGGAAAGUUCAAAAGACGUUCUUCAUUACAACUUUAAAGUAAUGAAUUUUGUUGCUUUUGGUUUGUCUUAUU